GAACGCGAAAGGACCCUAUUCCAAUCAAGUGUCCUGUAAACAGGACUUCCUUCUGCAAAAACAUGUUGCGCCUUCUGCUGCUGCCGCUCUUAAUCUUCACGUUGUCCAUGGCCUGCAUGGGACAGACUUUUCAGUACUCCCGCGGCUGGACAAAUGGUAAAAGGGCACUUAGUCCUGGAUCACCUCUUUUGACAAACGGACACUUCCAUCGGAGCAACGAGCUGGGAUUCACGGAUCUGUACGAUCUGCAGGAUUGGAGCAGCGAACGCAGACUGGAGCGAUGUCUGUCGCAACUCCAGCGUUCAUUGAUAAGUCGAAACUGUGCCACGGUUCCGGACUUCAAUGCCAACCGCAACCGGAUGCCAGAUGCGGACCCUGAGAGCAACCCCCAUCCCAGACUAAACGACAUUAAUAACGAAAAUGUUUUAUACUCAAAUGCCAAUAUCCCGAAUCGACAUCGCCAGUCGAAUGAACUGCUCGAGGAGCUAAAUGCCGCCGGGGGAGCUUCUGUUUCUGCCGAGCCAAAUCUGUUUGGAAAACAUUAGCCAAGUCAUGGAGAUUGUUGAACGAGACAGCUAUUGUUAAACUAGCAAAAAAUGCUACAAAAAUGUAAAAAAAAAACUUGUAUUAAAUGUUAAAUAAAACUUAGGCUUUUUAUGAACAACCUUAUGUCUUAUCUCAGUAGGCCGCACUUGUACUUCUAAAAAUUAACACAAAAAAAAUGU